ACGUCCGCUGGCGGGAAAUUCGCAAAAUAUUACGAAAGCGUUACCAGGGACACCGAAAGGUCAACUGUUCCUCGUCCCUAACAGAAGUAAUUUCACCGAUUUAAACUGGAUACUCGGCAUUAAAUGUAGCACUGAAACCGAGAUAAAUAAGUAAAACGCAGCGCUUAGUAUCCAGCAGCUCGCUGAGGCUUUGAAGACUUCUUAUUCUACGUCCAUCAUCAACUUGUGGACCAUGAAGGCUGACUUGGAGAAAAACGUCUCACUGUCAGAUGGACACAGCACAGCUAAACUGACGGAAGAGCAGCUGGUCACCAAGAUUACCAGCAGCGCUCUAAAGGGCAAGAAGGCUGGUGCCACGAUUAAAAAGAUAUUAGAAGACUCUCCAACCAGCUCAGCUGAAGGGUCGAAUCGUAGACUUGUCGUGUACCAACACUGCAUCAAUCUGUGCGAGUCCGGGGACCUUCAGACCGAGGUGGUGGCCGAUAUCAUUGGACUGCUGAUGCUGGAGACUCACACGCUGCCCGGACCCUCUCUUGCACAACUGGCGUCUUUUUUUGUUGAAGCCAUCAAGAUGGGGAAAAUGGUCAGUGGGAAAUCCCUGGAGCUGUUUCCGACGGUUCUCACUGCCCUGGCGUCCUGUGAAGCCUUGGCCUAUGGCAAAGGUGAACUCAGUGGGGAAGAAUACAAGAAGCAGCUGAUAAACAGCCUUUGCUCAAGCAGAUGGGAUCCACAAUGUGUUAUCCACUUGACAACCAUGUUCAGGGAUGUGCCCUUAUCAUCAGAGGAGCUGCAGUUUCUGGUGGAUAAAAUAUUGAGGAUGUUCACCAAGCUUGAUUUGCAGGAGAUCCCGCCACUGAUUUACCAGCUGCUGCUUUUAUGUGCAAAGGGUUGCAAGAAGCAGGUUCUGGAGGGAAUCAUCGGCUAUUUUAAGGAGCAGGACGUUCACCAGGAGGAGGAGCAGAAACGCGGAGAGAGUCUGGAUCUAGAGGUCGAGUCUAUUCCACAGGACCAGCUGAGGCACGUGGAGGGCACAGCUAUCCUCCACAUUGUCUUUGCAAUGCGGUUGGACCAUGAGCUUGGGAGAGAACUGUUCAAAAGCUUUAAGACGUCGUAUGGAGACCUGUCUCCUUUCAGCAUUGCUCUGUUUCUCUCAGUAGCACGCAUCCAGCGUUAUGAAGAGCAGGUGUUUGAACUUUUAAAAGGGGCAAUCAUCAAGAACUUCAAGGAUGAGCAGCUGCAGCAGGGGUCGAAGUUCCUUCAAGUCCUCCUGCCUGGGCACUGCAGUGUGGCCAGGAUGAUACUGGACACAGUCAAGAACAGUGUGUUCGGAUGGGAUCAUGUCACCCAGGGACUGGUGCAACUGGGAUUCUUCCUCAUGGAUGCGUUCGGACCCAAACCCGGACCAUUUGGAAAGACCACAGAGGGCUCAGUCACUGUGGCCCGGACCCCCACUCAACAGGCGUGCAAGCUGGGAGGACAGGUGCUUCUCCACAGCUUUAAGAUCCAUGAGCCUAUCAGAGGCGAAAUAUUGGAGCAGGUCUUGAAUCGACUGGUCACAAAGACUGCUUCACCUGUCAGUCAUUACUUAGACCUUUACUCUGAUAUUGUGGUCUCUGCUCCCAUGAUCCUCCUGGAGUCGUCCUCCAAGCUGACGGAGACAUUUGAUCACUUGUCGUACCUGCCCUUGGCCACUGUGCAGGGUCUACUAAAAGCUGUCCAGCCUCUGCUUAAGGUCAGCAUGUCCUUAAAAGAUGCUUUAAUUCUAGUUCUACGUAAGGCCAUGUUUUCCAGCCAACUGGAUGGCAGGAAGUCUGCAGUGACCGGCUUCUUAUUGCUGCUGAAGAACUUCAAAGUGUUGGGCAGCUUGGCCUCGAGUCAGUGCAGCCAGGCGAUAUCCUCCAGCCAGAUCCAAGUGGAUGUUCAUUCUCGGUAUAACUCUGCUGCUAACGAAGCGUUCUGCCUGGAGAUCCUCAGCAGCCUGCGUCGCUGCCUGGGACAACAGGCUGAUGUGCGCCUCAUGCUCUACGAGGGUUUCUAUGAUGUCCUCCGUCGCAACUCUCAACUGGCAAGCUCCGUCAUGCAGACCCUCCUCUCGCAGCUGAAGCGCUACUACGAGCCAGAACAAGACCUCCUACCCCCACUGAAACUGGAACCAUGCAUCACUGCUCAUGGAGACCAAGUCUUCCUCCAGGAGCCACUGGGCCACCUGCUGAGUUGUACCGUUUAUUGCCUGCUGUGGCUGCAAAACACACGCAAAUCAGCUAACCCAAAUGCUGACGACAGCGGUGAUGAUGAGGAGGAGGAGGAGGAGGAGGAGGGAUACCAGUCUGACCUACAGACAAUCUUGGAGAGCGCAACAAGACGCAUGAUCAAGUGUGAGCUGGAGGACUUUGAACUGGACAAGUCGGCAGAGUUUUCAAUGGGAUCCAGUGUGGGGGUGAAAAACAACAUCUAUGCUGUGCUGGUGAUGGGCGUGUAUGAGGUCCUAAUGGAGUACAACUUUAUCAAAGCCAACUACAAUAAAAACUGCUUUGAGGAUCUCCUUGAGCUGUUCAGUCGCUACCACAAGCUCGCUGAGAUCUUGAAGGAGAAAUCUGGAAAGGGUCGAGUGCCCUCGCACAAGACGCCCCGCAGUUUACUUUCUAUGGGCUUCACAGCAACUCUCAUCACCGUGCUCUUCAGAGACAACACUCAGAGCAGAGAGGAGGCUCUGUCAGUGCUUCGCUCAAGUGGAGAAUUUGUACGUUAUGCGGUAAGUGUGGCCGUACAGAAGAUCCAGCAGCUGGAGGAAACUGGACACACCGACGGUCCAGAUGGACAGAACGCAGACAGGACUUUCCGUUUCCUCUGUGACAUGACAAGUGUGCUGAUGUGGCGUUACACAAACAUCCCCAGUGUGGUGGAGGAGGCAGGGAAGAAGGAGAAGCGCUUCAACUUGUCCCAGCUGUGUCUGGAGGGUCUGCUCAGGAUCUUCACCGCCUGCCAGCAGCGCUACCCGGACAAGAUGGCCCAGCUCCUCUCUACCAUGGACGCGGCAGAAGAUGACACAGACGACGUGGCUGAGAUGAACUACUUUUACAUCCGACAGUUUCAGAGGGCGCUGUUGACACAGUUAAGUGGAGGUGAGGAUGAAUUCAACAGCAAAGAGGCUCAGCUGCUGGUCAGCAUCUUGAGCGUGCUCUCGCGCCAGUUAAAGCCCUCCUCCCAACAGUUUGUUCAGAUGAUCACAUGGACUGUGAAAAUCUGUAAGGAGACCAGUUUUGAGGAUUCAGCAUUUUGUAAAGGGCUGCUGUCGCUCCUCUUCAAUCUGCAAGUCCUUCAUGAGAGUCCUGUAAACCUGCUGCGGGAGCUCUGCCAAGACAUCCACAGCCAACUGGGAGAUAUCGAUGAGGAUGUGGAGGUGGAAAAACAGUCGCACUUCGCCACUGUCAACAUGAAAACUGCCGCAACAACAACACUGCUGGUCCUGUCUCAAGUGGACAGAGUGCUCGAUGAAGUGGACUGGCUUAUUGCCAGAAAGAAAAGUCAGACGGCCUCGGAAAAACAGAGCUUAGCGGACGCCACCCAAACCGGAGGCAAGCAGGAUCCAGUGGAGAAAGCGGUGACGCUGCAGCUUGGGACUCUCCUGACGGCGUUGAAUGAGCUGGUCCAGACCGCCCUCCUGCCGGGCACCUGCACCAUCACGCUGCUGAGAGAGCUGACUCGCACAUACACCAUCCUCACCACGCUGGUCAAAUACUACAUCCAGGUGUGCACCACCAGUCAGCACGCGGCGCUGCCACCUCGGUUUGAGAAGCUGGUCAAGCUGUCUGGCUCCCACCUGACUCCCCAGUGCUACUCUUUCAUCACAUACGCACAGAAUGGAGAGAUGAGUGAUGGAGGUGCAGAUGACAAGAAGAAAAAGAGAAGGGCCGAAGCGAACACCGCUGCCUCAGCAAAACUUCUGCGUGAGACAAAAGCCAUCCCUAACUUGAUCUUCAGCAUCGAACAGUAUGAAAAGUAUCUCAUCACACUCUCAAAGAAAUCAAAGGUAAAUCUGAUGCAGUACAUGAAGCUCAGCACCUCGAGAGAUUUCCGCAUCAAUGCUGCCACUCUGGACGCAGCCCUGCAGGAGCAGGAUUGCAGUCAGGAGGUGAGUGUCAGCUCCUCAGGAUCAAUAAUACUGAAAAUAAACCAUAAACCAUCAUACAUCCUGUCUGUCUGUUCUUCUACUUUUCUCAGCCCACAGAGUCCCAGGACACAGAGGAGACACAAGAACCCAAACAGAAGAAGAGAAAACAGUGAGCUGACAUGGGGCACCUCCGCUGCUUCUUCAAAUUCCUCAUGUCUUAAACUCUGACAGGGUGUUAGAUGGACGAGAAGUGUCCUGGCAGUGGUGUGUUUAAGCAGCCUGGCCUACAAAGCGCUAUUUUCCUUUGUUCAGAGAGCCUUUGGUGAUGUUGAUGAUUUGGUAGAUGUCCAGGGCCUCACCUGUGAAAGGUAUGCACACACCGUUUAACCAUGUGUUACUAUAGCUCGCACGAUUUUUAUGAAAUGUAAACACAGGACAUACAGUUUGUUUGUCCGACAUUAAAAGUAUUAUUUCUAUUUAAGAUUAUUUGAACUUUAAGGAUGGUAACUGAUUACAAUUGUACCUGCGAUGGCUCUGCUUUAUAACUAAUUAAAAAAUGGAUCUAUGGUUCCGAACACA